AUAUUCUUGUGAAAAAUGCAAGAGUACGAGUUAGUGCUGGACUCGCCGACAAACACUUGGUGGCCGCUGAGUUGCCUGAAUGCUAUGUUCGGUUGUCGACGUGUCACAAGGCGUAGUGAAUCAAAUUAUAAUUACAAUGAAGAUGACACAAAUAGAAUGCAUGAUGGACCUCAACUUGUACCAGUCGUUGGGGGCAGUGUUGACCAGAGGAGAGAGAAUAUACAAACAUACGUACAAACAUCUACAGUUCAAAAUGCUCAGCCUUCACCAGCUCCUGUUCGAGUCAACACAGAGCGAGUAGAACAACAGCCGGCCAUGGUACGACAACCAGCUCCUUAUGUUAACCCAGCAACAUUAGACGAUGAUAGAUGGGACUACGAAGAAAUAACUCUUAAAAGGGGUGGAGCAGGACUAGGAUUUAGCAUAGCCGGCGGAGCAGAUAAUCCUCAUGUUGAUAACGACCCAAGCAUUUAUAUUACCAAGCUCAUACCAGGGGGUGCAGCAGCACUAGAUGGAAGACUCCAGGUUAAUGAUGUUGUAGUAAAGGUAAACGAAAGUGAAAUUCUCGGCGUUCCUCACCAAGAAGCAGUAGAUGCUCUCAAGAGAGCUGGCAACACCGUACAUAUGAUUGUGAGAAGGAGGCCGCAACCAAGUGGUGGUUGUUUUACGUUAGAACUAAUCAAGGGUUCAAAAGGUCUGGGGUUCAGUAUCGCUGGGGGUAAAGGAAAUCAGCACAUACCCGGAGACAAUGGAAUUUAUGUAACCAAGAUCAUUGAUGGGGGUGCAGCUCAGCAAGACGGUCGCCUUAGUGUCGGAGACAAGAUUGUCGCUGUUGGGGAAGUUAGCUUGGAAGAUGUAUCGCAUGAGGUUGCCGUAGCUACACUGAAGGCCACCAGCGAAAUCGUCAUACUGACGAUCAUAAAGGGCCAGUCGAACAUGUCGUCCCAACCUGCAACGUACUUUCCCAUGCCAAUGCCCCAACAAGCUCCCGUCCAGUCACCGCAACACAUGGCAGCGCCACCAGAUGUUUCGUCAAUUUCACUUAAUCAGCAAAAUUAUCAACAGAGUCCGAUGCAGUCAGCGCCAAUGCAGCAGGAGGCCAUGUAUAGUGCAGUUCAUAAACAAGAGGUGCAGACAGCGUACAACAACACAAGCACCCCAAAAAUGUAUUUACCUGAUGAUGUAGACUUCCCAAGGGAGCCACGAAAAGUUGUGUUGACUAAGGGCUCGACGGGUCUUGGGUUCAAUAUUGUCGGCGGAGAGGACGGAGAAGGGAUCUUUAUAUCAUUCAUCCUGGCUGGAGGUGUUGCCGACCUUAGCGGAGAACUUCGCAGAGGAGACCAACUUCUUGCGGUGAAUGGUAAAGAUCUAUCAAGGGCAACUCACGAGGACGCUGCACUGGCAUUGAAGGGGGCAGGUCAAACAGUCACCAUCCUUGCCCAGUAUAAGCCAGAAGAAUAUAAUCGUUUUGAAGCCAAGAUCCAUGACCUUCGAGAACAAAUGAUGAACAGCUCGUCAAAUCCCACGGGAAGUCUAAAGACAUCACCAAAGAAGUCCCUCUACGUCAGGGCGUUGUUUGAUUAUGAUAUGUCUAAAGAUAGUGGUCUACCAAGCCGCGGAUUAAGUUUUAAAUUUGGAGAUAUUUUAUAUGUUAUAAAUGCCAGCGACGACGAGUGGUGGCAAGCGUGUCGUCUCACAGCCACCGGAGUAGAUCCCGAAGUAGGAAUUAUUCCAAGCAAGAAAAGGGUUGAAAAGAGGGAAAGAUCAAGAUUGAAAAAUGUCAAAUUUGGUCACGGCAGUACUGGUGGUUUAAUGAAUGAUAGUAGGGGCUCACUUCAACGAGAUGGCAAGAAAAAAGGAAUUUUCUCUAAAUUUAGGAAAGGCAAGGACAGUGACCAUGAUACUAGUGAUGCAGAACAAUUUACGUCUAAUGCAAGUGACAGUGAAAGUAAUCAUCAGGAGCAGAUUCUUUCGUAUGAGGCAGUUGUACAACAAGAAAUCAGCUAUGCAAGGCCGUGCAUUAUCCUUGGACCUAGUAAAGAUCGUAUCAACGAUGACCUCAUCUCAGAGAUGCCAGAUAGGUUUGGAAGUUGCAUACCACACACAACACGGCAACGAAGGCCUUAUGAGGUAGAUUCACGCGACUACCAUUUUGUUGAGUCUCGAGAACAAAUGGAAAAAGACAUCCAAGAUCAUCUAUUUAUCGAGGCUGGACAAUACAACGAGAACCUGUAUGGCACCAGUGUUGAGUCUGUGCGGGAGGUUGCUGAGAAGGGUAAACACUGUAUUUUAGAUGUAAGUGGAAACGCCAUCAAACGGUUACAAGUAGCAUCAUUACAUCCGAUCGCAAUAUUCCUCAAGCCGAAGUCAGUUGAAUCCAUCAUGGAGAUGAACAAACGUAUGACGGAGGAACAAGCAAGGAAGACGUACGAUCGUGCCCUCAAGUUAGAACAAGAGUUUGCUGAAUAUUUCACUGCUGUUGUACAAGGGGAUACCAUUCAGGAUAUUUAUCAAGAGGUAAAAGCAGUCAUCCAGGAAAAUGCCGGCCCAGCAAUCUGGGUACCAGCCAAGGAAAAACUUUAAUACAAAAAAAAAAAAUAAAAACAACUGGAAAAAAACUGAAUUAACAUAUUAACUUUUGAAGAUCACAAUCGCUGAAAAAUAUUUUUACAGGUAAAGAUGAUGACACGAAGGAUGAUAAUGAUUAUAAAGAUGUCGAUAUAAUUUUUUAUCGACCUGCUUCGAUCAUCGUCAGCAGAAAAAAAAAAUCAUUUAUGAAAAUUUCCACUUUUCUGCGAACAACGAAGGAACCUUUGCAUAGUGUGACAUGAGUCUCUGCAUAGGAAGCUCCAUGUGGUUUGCAAGUCAGGUUGAGGUUGAAAUUAUAUAAGCCAAUCACAUGUUUUAUUGGAAUCACUUGACGCACACACUCUAUACACCCCUUAUCACUGCCAUUUCAUUGGCUGAUGUCGAUACAGAUACGGAAAGCAUGUGAUCUCUACGACCUUAGGUGUAUAGCAACAACAUUUUUAUUGUGGAUAUGGAACAAUUGUUGUUAUGGAAAUAAUAUGGUCAUGGAAAUGAGACAUUAGUUCAGGGAAAAGGCAUUUUGCGAUAGAAACAAUAGUGGCAGCAGAAAGAUCCGGUAAUGUAAAUUGAUAAUCAUACUAAAUGAAAGCUAUAGACUAUCACCUGUAGUUAGUUGGUGUUGUUAUGCAAAACCAAGGACUUUAAACUGUGACAUAAAAGUAGAUGUUCAACUCAAGGAAUUAUGAGGAAUUAUGGUUAAGCAGUUUGCGAUUAAAUCAACAUUUUUGAUCAUGGAUUGCCAAAUACUUGAGAGAAAAAAAAAACAUUUAAUGGAUUUUAUUGAAAUACUUGCUUGAAAUUUGGAGAAAAAAAUAAUAUCAGCAUUCAAUACAUACCCUGUACCAUACUGCAUUGUGGGAUACUGUACGGUAAUCCAAUCUAAUAAAGGGAAUGCUGUUCCCAGUGCAUUGUGUUAAAAACAUCCUUACACACUGUGGGCCCAUGUAGAUGAACCUAGUGUUGGAAUGAUGUGAGGAACCCAGUGCAUUAUGGGAAGGCUGUACAUUGUAAGGAAAGAAACAGUAACUUUUUUUGUAACUUGAUGUAGUAAACUUGCUUGCUGUUGCUAGGGUCUUAUCGCCAUAGAUACAUAGGUGCAGGAACAAAUUUAGUUGAAUUUUAUUGUAUAAUGGUAACCACGGAUACAUUUAGCACUUUAUUCAAUGCUUCUGGACAUUUGUAUUAGAAAAAUAGUUACGCCAAAUUUUGAGCUCUUGCUGACAAAUCCAGAUACAUUUUUUAACUGUUUUUUUCUUGAAUCUAUGUUUAGUAUAUGAUUAUGUAUAUGGGAAUUAUUAAUAUGUAAUUUAUUUUUGACAGUUAUUAUAAAGAUUGUGUUAAGUAGAAUUGAGAGGAUUGGUUACUAUGGCAAUAAGUCAGCUGACAAAUCCCAUAAUACAAACUGGUUAAUGCAAGAAUUUCUGUAAAUUUUCAUUUGCCAAAAGAGAAAACUAAGUGACAAGGUUUCCUCAGUUUUAUCAUCUGUUGAUUUUGUAUCUAAAUGCUUUUAUUAAUGACAUAUAGUGAUGUUUUUAUUUGCUGUAGUAACUAUUAAUGUUAUUAAUAUUAAUUUUAAUGAUAAGUUACACAUAUCCAAUGAAAAUAAUUAUGAGAUGAGGCUGAAAGCUGCAUUGGUGUUCAUUUAAAAAACAUUUAAGUACUUGAAACAAAUAAUGUUGUAGUUGAGGUGAUAAAAAAUCAAUGUAGUUAUAUUGUACAUUCAGGACUUGAAAUAUUAUUUAUUAUUAUUCUUCUUUGAUUAGUUUGUUAGGUCGUACACAGAUGUAAGAAUGAAUUUCUUAUAAUUUUAAACAUUAUUUCUCUGUACAUAGAGCUUUGAUGAUCAUAUUAUUAAUGUCAAAGGUUAUGCUAAUUAUGAUAGAUUGUAAAUAAACAGGUAUGGAUAACAGAAGAAUGAUUAAAUAUUCAUAAAUUGUAUUUCUGCUAUUGGCAUCCCAGUUGUGUUUUCUGCAUUUAUUCUUUUAAUUAAUUAUCAGAUUUUAUUUGUUUGUUUUUAUUAAUUUUACCUUGAAAUUGAGAAAAAUAUUAAUAUAAGCUAUGAGCAUGAAAUGAUACAAUUUCUUUUUAAAGUAGAACUGUAUAAUUGCUGAAGUCCUGCAAUGUAUUUAUAAAAUUACAAUCAACAUAAAUUUACCAAUAUUUUCACUGUAUUGAGACAAAAGAAUAUUAAAAAGUAGUUGUACCUUAGUGGCAGAAAUGUUCUUGUUUUAAGAUGGUUAGUUGUGUAUUAAGAGGUUUAAGUGUCACGAUUGAGAAAAUCUUUCUCUUUUUUAAGUGAGCCCUCAUCCAUGUUGCAAUACAUAACCUUGGCGAGCAAUGUACAGCUAACUUUAACUGCAAACAUUGUUAAAUGUAUCAUGUUUGGUUUUUUUUCUAUUAUCCUUAAAAUAUUUAAUUGUUAUUAAUUAAACAACAUCAAGGAAUCAGGAAGCAUUUCUUAAAAUUAAACAUUUUAGAAACAUUUGUUGGCAAUAAUUAAACAACAUACAAAAACAUGAAAUCAUUUUUUGCCUCUAAAUAAAUAACAUUCAGAAUUCUAAAAACAUUUGUUGCCAUUAAUUUAACAACAUUUUAAAGAGUAGGAAACAGUUUUUAUUAUAGACAGUUUAAAAACAUGUUGCCAUAAAUUGAACAACAUCAGAAAUCCAGAAAAAAAUUGUUACCAUGAAAUAAAUUGCAUGUGUUUGUGGUUGUAAAAUAGUCCAUGCAUUUUAUCAAUGUUUCUCAUUGUAAUUACUUGUUUUUAUAAAAAUUAAUAAUUUUACUCUGUAGUGUUAUACUGAUUAAUGUAUUUUAUUAUUAAAUAUGUCAUUUAAUUGUAUUUUUUCAUCAUUAAUUUAAAUUGUACAAAUAUAAUUAACGUUCUUUUUGGUGUCUGCUGCAAAUAUUUGAUUAUUUUUGUUUUCUUAAAAAUGUCUUCUCGCAUAAUUAUGUGUGAUUGGGAGGUGAUGUGACGACGAUGCGAGGAACGAGGCAACACUAGUAUUAAUUGUAUAUACCCACUUGCGACAACUCUUGUAGAUAGGUAGGCAUUUGGGGAAAAUAUUUGCUCAAUUUCUAUUUACUUUAUAUACGCUUUAUAAGGGUUUUUUUUUUUUUUUUUUUUUUUUAAAGAAUAUUUAGUGUUUAUGGGUUUUUAAAGCAUUUUAGAUUUUUUGUUUUGUUUGCAGGUCACAAAUAGCAUUUUUGAGGCCUAACAACAAUUACAUAGCUUUUCUUAAAAGAUACCUUUACCUGUAUUUUGGACUUCGCACCACAUGGUGGCAGCAGACAGCUAGUUACCAUUGUGAUUGGAUGGAUGUCUUUGUUGUCAUGGUGAUCAUGUUGUAAGAUAUGAAAGUAAAGCAGCUAUAAAAAAAAACUCAA